AUGGCUGACAUUGAUGACAUCAACGCUGUGCAGUCUCCUCUCGACUUGUGCAAGUUCUCGCAUGUUUUUGGUUCAUCCGACGACGAUUCCAACGAUGCGGGAUCGGGGGGUCUGGCCUACGAUCUCAUCGACGGCACCGACCAUUACUACGUCAGCGCCGCCACCGUUGCCCUCAUCUCGCGCGACGCCUCCUAUAUUCUCACCUCAUUGUCCGACCCCACCCACUCCACGCCUGCGAUUUACGCCAACUACAUCACCUAUAUGGCAACGCCGCAGCCCACGAACAUUGCCACCACCGUCGUAUCGCUCGUCAUGCACCUCUUCUUCCACAUUGCCGACGGCCCCAACCCCUGUCUCUGGACGGCGGUUCGCAAGGAAGGCGGCCCAGGGCACGAGUCCGAAUUGUAUGAUGCCAUCCACCCGCAUCUACUGGAACCCGCCGAGCUCCAUUGCCGCGAAAGGUUCGUGGAAAAGGUCAAGGCCUGGCGCAGGAUCGGCGCGUAUUACGCGUUCUUUGCACGCCAGCUUAGUCUUGGGGCGCUGAUUUGCGUAAGAGACUUAUUACACCCUACGGACAUAAGGAGCUGUGCGCGAGGCAGCGACGACCAUUAUGAUGCGUCUGAAGAGGCGGAUAUGCGCCAACCUGGGAGGGACGCUAGCCUAAUGAAGUAUCUCGAGGACGAGGUCAAGAUUCUAGAGGAGGCGAAGACGAGUGGCGCAGACGAGGUCAUGCAUGCGCUAUUAUGGGAUGUGUUUAGUAACUUUUUCUUAGGGUUUGACGGCGAUGGGUUGGGGGGGACUUUCGGGUGUGGGACGGAGUUCUCCAGGGGGGAGAAAGCGAGAGGGCUUUUUCCCGGGUUCGAGCGGGAUGUGGAAGGGGAGUAG